AUGGUAUUUGUAACAAAGUUUAUAUCACUGAAUUGCAUUUGCGAAAGUGUUUGUGCUAAGAUGCAAGAAACUAAAGCUUUGAUACAUAAAUUAACAGAUCUCAAACACUUUACGGAAAUGCGUGAAGAGAUUUAUCAGUUUCUUUUGCAAAUGUCACUUCGGCCAUUGGAAUUACGCGGAAUGGACAUGUUCCAAUUUGGCUAUAAAUUCAUUAAUAAGUUCUUUAUCUGGGUACUUAGCGUUAUUGUUUUUAUAUUACAAAUGGAUACUUCUCCUAUGUCUCAAUUAUUAAAGUUUAAUGGAAUUAAUGAAACAUGUUUGGAAAGAAAUUAA